UAUCAUGUGGCCCCUAGUGGCUGCCUUCGUUUGCCUGACCGUGGCCUUGUCCGGAGGAAUCUCCCGGGACUACCCCAAGAUUCUCAAUGGUACCAAUGGAACCAAUGGUUUUCUCCCUGGUGGCUACACCUGCCUCCCCCACUCUCAGCCGUGGCAGGCAGCUCUACUGAUCCAUGGACGGCUUCUCUGUGGAGGUGUUCUGGUUCACCCCAAAUGGAUACUCACAGCAGCUCACUGCAGAAAAGAUGGGUACACAGUUCACCUAGGCAAGCAUGCCCUGGGGCGUGUGGAGAACGGCGAGCAGGCAAUGGAGGUGGUCCGCUCUAUCCCCCAUCCUGAAUACCAGGUCAGCCCCACCCACUUGAACCAUGACCAUGAUAUCAUGCUUCUGGAGCUGAAGUCUCCAGUCCAGCUCAGCAGCCACAUCCGUGCUCUGCCACUCUCCCCGGACGACUGCCUGCCCACUGGCACCUGCUGUCGCGUUUCUGGCUGGGGUACCACCACCAGUCCCCAGGUGAAUUACCCUAAAACCCUGCAGUGUGCCAACAUUGAGCUGCGCUCAGACGAGGAGUGCCGACAGGUGUAUCCCGGAAAGAUCACGGCCAACAUGCUUUGUGCUGGUACCAAAGAAGGCGGGAAGGACUCUUGUGAGGGUGAUUCAGGGGGCCCACUGGUUUGCAACGGCAAACUCUAUGGCAUCAUCUCAUGGGGAGAUUUUCCAUGUGGGCAGCCCAACCGACCUGGUGUCUACACACGAGUCUCAAAAUAUCUGCGUUGGAUCUGGGAGACAAUCAGAAACACUCCAAAGCAGAAACAGACAAGGGGCAGACAAUAAAACUGGGUUAAUUUGCCUGCCUCCCUCCCCUACUGUGCCUAUCUCACUGUGUGCUCCUCCCUUCUCUGUCCCCUGUGCCCUAAGUGUCCCUUCGGAACCAUGCACUCACAUUCGCUGCCAGCCACACCCCCUCUACUAGCCUUGAAAUGCUUCAAUAGCUAGAGUACCCCAACCCAAAUGCCAGCCAAGUCCACAGCUACAUCAUCACGGCUACCAUAAACUGAAGUUGAUGCCUGCACAUCCCAACUCUGUUUAUCCUCUUCAGGCCCCUCAUGAACUCAUCUCAGUAGCGUUCGUAGAUAGACCUUCCCUGACAGCUUCUUGGAACCCUCAAAAUAUUUACCCCCUGACAACACUGUAUGUUUUAUAUUCGAGAAGGUUCUAGAUUCCUUGCAUUCUGAAAGUCUCUCUUGUCCAGAAUCCUCUGCCCUGACCACAUCCUAUACUCUUCAAGAUGACUCAUCACAGCUACUCUAGACCCUCUUCAUAACUCAUUCCUGCUCUGACAUCCCCACGCAAACUACAUUCCACAUUCUGUUCCUGCUCUGACAUCCUGACACAAGCUACAUCCCACAGUCUAUUCCUGCUCUGACAUCCCCACGCAAACUACAUCCCACAUUCUAUUCCUGCUCUGAUAUCCCGACGCAAACUACAUCCACAUUCUAUUCCUGCUCUGACAUCCCGACACAAGCUACAUACACAUUCUAUUCCUGCUCUGAUAUCCCGACGCAAACUACAUCCACAUUCUAUUCCUGCUCUGACAUCCCCACGCAAACUACAUCCCACAUUCUAUUCCUGCUCUGAUAUCCCGACACAAGCUACAUCCACAUUCUAUUCCUGCUUCGACAUCCCGACACAAGCUACAUCCCACAUUCUGCAAGACCCAGCCCCUCUCAACUCUGCCCCUCUCUGAGUCACUGCCACCGCAGGUCAACAGUUCUCUGGUCCCUGCAGUUACAGGAGCCGAAGGGCCUCCUUUCUAGGUCUUAUCACCCCCACCAGUCUCCUUUCAUCUCGCCCAUGAGCGUCCUUACUCAACAGUCCUUGUUUUCAUAUCUUUGCCUAUGACCCUGCAUCUGCUUAAUGCUAAUCCCUGCUUUUGAAUAAGUCAUAAAACCUGAAAUUUCUUUGCUUCCUUUUUUUUGUUUUGUUUUGUUCUACAUGAGACAUGGUCUUGCUUGGCAGCCUGAGCUGGCCUG